UAUCCUGUCACUGCGGAGGAGGACAGAACGUCCACAUCUCAGCUCGCAGAGAGAAGGAGACUGCGCUGCUGCUGCGGCUCGUUCACACUAGACGUUUUGGGACUUUUUGCAGCACAUCAAGGGAAGUAGAGUCGACUGAAGCCAGUCUGCAGGAUGAUAGCUGCCCAGCUCCUGGCCUAUUACUUCACUGAGCUGAAAGAUGAUCAGGUCAAAAAGAUUGAUAAGUACCUGUACGCCAUGCGACUUUCAGACGAAAUGUUAUUGGAUAUUAUGUCCCGCUUCAAAAAAGAGAUGGCAAAUGGUCUCUCGAGGGACACCAAUCCAACAGCAAUCAUCAAAAUGCUUCCAACAUUUGUGAGGUCGAUUCCUGAUGGAUCAGAGAAGGGAGACUUCAUCGCCCUGGAUCUUGGUGGAUCAUAUUUCCGCAUUCUGCGGGUGAAGGUCUCACAUGAAAAGAAGCAGACGGUCCAGAUGGAAAGUGAGAUAUACGACACACCUGAGGACAUCAUUCAUGGCACUGGAACGCGGCUCUUUGACCAUGUUGCUGAAUGCCUUGGAGAUUUCAUGGAGAAGAAGCAGAUCAAAGACAAGAAGCUGCCGGUGGGAUUCACCUUUUCCUUCCCAUGCAGCCAGUCAAAAUUAGAUGAGGGUAUUUUGCUCACAUGGACCAAGCGAUUCAAGGCUAGUGGAGUGGAGGGAAUGGAUGUGGUCAAGCUACUGAACAAGGCCAUCAAGAAACGAGGGGACUAUGACGCAGACAUCAUGGCGGUUGUAAAUGAUACCGUUGGGACUAUGAUGACUUGUGGGUUUGAUGAUCAGCGCUGUGAAGUUGGCAUAAUCAUUGGUACUGGAACUAACGCCUGUUACAUGGAGGAGUUGAGACACAUUGAUUUAGUAGAAGGAGAUGAGGGACGAAUGUGCAUAAACACUGAAUGGGGAGCUUUCGGGGAUGAUGGAUCUCUGGAGGACAUUAGGACUGAAUUUGAUAGAGAGAUUGACAGAGGUUCCAUGAAUCCGGGAAAACAGCUGUUUGAAAAGAUGGUGAGUGGCAUGUACAUGGGAGAACUUGUCAGACUCAUCUUGGUCAAAAUGGCCAAAGAAGGACUACUGUUUGAAGGAAGAAUCACUCCAGAGCUGUUAACUAGAGGAAAAUUUGAAACUAAACAUUUAUCGGCCAUAGAAAAGAGCAAAGAAGGUUUAAGCAAAGCCAAAGACAUACUGACUCGAUUGGGGGUGGAACCCUCCCAUGAAGACUGUAUAGCUGUCCAACAUGUCUGCACACUUGUUUCCUUCCGCUCGGCUAACCUGAUUGCUGCCACGCUGGGUGGGAUCCUUAUUCGUCUUCGGGACAACAAAGGUGUUCCCAGACUGCGCACCACAGUUGGCAUUGAUGGAUCUUUGUACAAGAUGCAUCCACAGUACGCCAGGCGCUUACACAAAACACUGAGACGAUUGGUCCCUGACUCCGAUGUGCGAUUUCUGUUGUCCGAGAGCGGCAGCGGUAAGGGAGCGGCUAUGGUGACGGCAGUGGCCUACCGGCUUGCCGAGCAGCGGAGACAGAUGGAUGAGACACUUGAGGAGUUCACCCUCACUCAUGAGCAGCUGUUGGAGGUGAAGAGAAGGAUGCGGAUCGAGAUGGAGAACGGACUGAAGAAGAAGACUAAUGAGAUUGCAAAAGUGAAAAUGUUGCCAACGUUCGUUCGCAGUACACCAGAUGGCUCUGAAAAUGGUGAUUUUCUGGCACUGGACCUUGGAGGAACAAACUUUAGAGUUUUACUUGUCAAGAUCCGUAGUGGCAAAAGAAGAACAGUGGAAAUGCAUAAUAAAAUCUAUGCCAUUCCUACAGAUGUCAUGCAAGGGACUGGGGACGAACUAUUCGAUCACAUUGUUCACUGCAUCUCUGAUUUCCUGGAUUACAUGGGAAUUAAAGGGGCACGACUUCCUCUGGGAUUCACUUUCUCUUUCCCCUGCAAGCAAACCAGUUUGGAUGCUGGUAUCCUGCUAACGUGGACUAAGGGCUUUAAAGCAACUGACUGCGAGGGUGAAGAUGUGGUUAACCUGCUGAGGGAAGGAAUCAAGAGGAGAGAGGAAUUUGACCUUGACGUAGUUGCUAUAGUAAACGACACGGUUGGGACAAUGAUGACUUGUGCAUAUGAAGAUCCAAACUGUGAAAUUGGUCUCAUUGUGGGUACCGGCAGUAAUGCAUGCUACAUGGAAGAGACAAAAAAUAUAGAAAUGGUAGAUGGGGAUGAAGGGAGAAUGUGUGUCAACAUGGAAUGGGGAGCCUUCGGUGACAGUGGAUGUCUGGAUGAUAUCCGAACAAAAUAUGACAAAGCUGUGGAUGAACUGUCCCUAAAUUCAGGAAAGCAGAGAUAUGAGAAAAUGAUAAGUGGAAUGUACUUAGGAGAAAUUGUAAGAAACAUUCUAAUGGACUUUACCAAGCGAGGAUUUCUGUUCCGUGGCCAGAUCUCUGAGGCAUUGAAAACUAGGAGUAUCUUUGAAACAAAAUUCCUUUCUCAGAUUGAGAGUGAUAGGUUAGCGUUGCUGCAAGUACGAUCAAUCCUUCAGCAGCUGGGUCUGAACAGCACCUGCGAUGACAGUAUAAUUGUCAAAGAAGUCUGUGGCGUUGUAUCUAGAAGAGCGGCCCAGUUGUGUGGGGCAGGGAUGGCAGCUGUGGUAGAUAAGAUCCGGGAAAACAGAGGCCUCGACCAUUUGGAGGUCACCGUUGGUGUUGAUGGAACUCUCUAUAAAUUACAUCCACACUUUUCCAGAAUAAUGCACCAGACUGUCGUCGAUCUUGCUCCAAAGUGUAACGUGUCCUUCCUCCUCUCAGAAGAUGGCAGCGGGAAGGGCGCAGCAUUGAUCACAGCCGUUGGGUGUAGACUCCGUGACACUGAACAGCAUUAAAGAUUGCAUCGUCAUGCUUGUGUUUUCCUGCCUUUCCAGCACUUUUCAUUUCAAGCAGUAAUCGUAACAAGGCUGGGACCUUCCGUCCCGUACUGUCCAUAGAAAUUUAAGCAUGGGGGAAUAGAAGACCACCAUAGGAAGAGUAUUGUCUCUAGCACUGGCUAUUUCUGGACUCCUGUCUGCAUCACAAACCCUAUGUUUUAGGCCAUGUAUGUCUGUUUAUAAUUUAUUACUAUUAUUUUAUACUUUAUUUAUCAGCUUGUUAAGAUAUCCAUAGAGUUUCCCUAUUCAUUUCCAUUAUAUUUACAGUUAGGUCUCUAAAACUGGGUCCCACCAGCCAUACAUGAAAGCAAUUUACUAAGGGUGUUACUUUAUUCCAUUCUCUAUUGCAUAUGACUACUGGAGGCAAUAUACACAUAGAUGACGUCCUGGGCAUAAAGGGCUGUAUGGGUUUCAGAAUAUACCUAGGAGCACAGGACACAACACCGGGGACGUCUGGUGCCAGUGACAUCUCUCAUUGCUUGUAUGAAUAGUGUUGUGUUACCAGUACGUAUGUUUUGUUCAAAAUGUCGGGCAAAACUCAACCUGUUCAAUGGGGCGGCACAUUUGUAGCUGCUACUUGGCCCCCCAGAAUCUGAGAGGUUGUACACGUUUCUAUGAAUAUUUUGUUGCACUGUGAUUGGAUGUAUUCAGAUAGGUGUGCAUUUCUGUUUUUAAUCUCUGUGUUCUUAAGAAAAAUGUCUGACAGAUGACGUUUAGGUCAGACAACCAUAUUAUGCCACAUCAGAGUCACUCAUGUCAUUUAUCCACUUAAUAAAGUUUUCCAAUGUGC